CUAGUAUCGAUUGUACUAUUUCUGUCCCGUCAAUUUUAUUUGGAAUUUCUGUGUGCAAAAAUUAAAAGUCUGAGCGACUAAGUAGCUAAAUCAUUGGCAAAACCUACACCUGGCCGAAGGAGCGUAUCAAAUUAGCAGAAACUGAGCAUUUUGCUGGUUGAAGGAGAAGACCAAACCACACCACACGCACCCACACACACGAGUGUAGGAAAAAAAAAAAAAACAAAGAGUCAGCAGCAUCAGCCAUGCCACGAGGAAAGUUCGUUAACCACAAAGGCCGCAGUCGCCACUUUACAUCACCCGAGGAGCUGCAGCAGGAGUCCGAGGAGGAGAGCGAUCAGUCAAGCGGCAGCGGCUCCGGCGACGAGGAGACCGGCGGCAACAAGGCCUCCGGCAGUGCGGCGACAUCAAAGCCAAAGGCGCCAGCGGCCCGCAAGACUGCCUCCCGUCCAGCCCAUCGUCAAAAGCAGCGUCCGGCGGUCAGCUCAUCGGAAUCUGACUCUGAGGAGGAGUCCGAUGAUGAUUCCGAGCAAGAGGCGCGAGAUGCCAAAAAGGGCGUGGCAUCGCUCAUCGAAAUCGAGAAUCCCAAUCGUGUGACCAAGAAGGCAACACAGAAAAUCGCAACCCUAAAGCUGGACGAUGGUGGUGGCUCCUCGACGACCACCUCCUCAUCCACCGGUGCCGCUGCCGGCAGCACCGACCCGGAGCUCUCACGUCGCGAUCGUGAGCAAAUUGAGAAGCAAAAGGCGCGUCAGCGCUACGCGAAGCUUCAUGCGGCCGGCAAGACAACCGAGGCUAAGGCAGAUCUCGCCCGACUGGCACUCAUACGCCAGCAGCGUGAGGAGGCCGCUGCCAAGCGUGAGGCAGACAAAAAGGUGGCAGCCGACACUGGCAAGAAGCCGGGAUCCAAGUAGGCAGAGGCCAAGCACCCCCCAGCCCCCCCCAGGAUGCCCGCAGAACCAAAUGGAAGAGGGCUAAUGGCAAUUAGUUAAGAAAAUGUAAAGUAAACAAAUUAAUCAGGAAAGAGGAUUAGGAGGAGCUCCGAUCUGUUUGCCGUGGAGAAGUGGAGGAUGAGGAAUGCCAGGAACUAAAUUUUCAAAACAAAAACAAAUCUUCAGGUUUUCUAUGCAGCGUCUUUUUUGUAAUUUGAGAAUUAUA